GCGGGUAUUUUUGAAUAUGCUAUGGCUCAUGCUACGGUUUUUGUCUGCGUUUGUCUUCUGCUGUCUGCAGCUUCAGGGCAGAAAAAAAUCACAGCUGAGGAUGGACAGGAUGUCACUCUGACAUGCCGAGCUCCAAACAACAACAACAUCAUAGCUGUAAAGUGGAGCAGAGCUGACCUGGGAGAUAAAUAUGUCUUUUUGUACAAGGAUAAGCAUUUUGUUUUAGACAACCAGCAUCCAUCUUUUAAGAACCGGGUGGAUCUGCAGGACAGACAGAUGAAGGCUGGAGACGUGUCUUUGAUUCUGAGCAAUGUGACGAUUAAUGACACUGGAACAUACGAGUGUCGUGUCAUCCAGACAGGAACACAUGGUCUGAAGCUUAUCAGCAUCAUCCACCUGCGUGUUGAUCCUCCAGAUCAGAACAUCACAGCUCAGACUGGAGAGACGGUUACUCUUCCAUGUCAAGUUCCAAACAACAACUUCAGAGUCAUAGAGUGGAGAAGACCUGACCUGAAGCCAGAAAUAGUUCUCAUGUACAGGGAUGGGGAAUUUGUUCCAGACAACCAGCAUCCAUCUUAUAAGAACCGGGUGGAUCUGCAGGACAGACAGAUGAAGGAUGGAGACGUGUCUUUGAUUCUGAAGGAUGUGACGAUUGGUGAUGAUGGGACAUACACGUGUUGUGUCUUCAUGGAAGAAACACGCUCGUGGAAGCUCAUCAAUACCAUAACACUGACAAUUGAUCCUCCAGGUCAGCCAAGAGAAGUCACAGGGGAUGGAAGAGACAAGAGUGAAUCUGAUGGACUGAUAGUUGCUCUAUCAGUUUCUGCUGUGCUUCUUGUUGCUGCUGUUGUUGGAUUUUUGAUCUACAGAAAACGUAAACAACAGCAGAGUCGGGAUUCAUGUUAGCCUCCUAAUCAACUGCACACUGUUUGAAACCACCAAACAGCUAAAACAGUAAAUGAGAGCCUGUACACGGAUUCCACACAAAGACAUAAACACAAAGUGUGUCUCUAAUAAUGAUAUUUCGGUGCGUCCGUGCUUUGUUUACAUUGUUUUUUUGCGCUAGAUUCUGAAGCUCUAGGUUUUGUCUCUCCCCAACCAAAAUUGACUGAAACAGCAGCAAACGAAGAUCAAAACUACGCUUCACAUUUCGCUUCAAAAAAACAUCGUCAUGAAUUCACUCUGACUUUUGCUGUUUUGCUUCCAUCACAAUAAAAAUCACAAUCACUGCACA